CGGGCGCAGAGGACGGCGGAGCCGGCCGGACACAGACAGCCUUGCCGCUCCCUCCCUCGGCUCAUCCCGGCGUCCCGACUUCCCUCCUCCCCUCGCUCCAGGCAGCAUCCUCUGCAGACCCUCGGUCUUCACGCCUGGGGUCGUCCCGCUCUCGCAGCCCGGUGCAAUUGCCUCCCCUUCCCCGGCCAGCCCGGAACUUUCUCCGCCCGCGCCCGGGGGGAGGGGGCUGCUUUGCCAGGGAAGGAAGGUUCCUCCUGGGGUUCUUUGGGAGGCAUUCUCCGGAGAAGGGCUUCAGGGUCCGAGAGAGACCCACACCCUGCGCCCAGCCGGCUUGCCGUCGGAUCUUGGCGCCCUCUCUUCUCCUCUCCCCCAACCAUGACCGAAAUGAGCGAGAAGGAAAACGAACCGGAUGACGCGGCCACCCGUACCCCGCCGGGGACCGUCUCCACCCUCCAGGAAACCAAGCUCCAGCGAUUCAAGCGCUCACUCUCCCUCAAGACCAUCCUCCGAAGUAAGAGUGUGGAGAACUUCUUCCUUCGCUCAGGCUCAGAGCUCAAGUGCCCCACGGAGGUGCUGCUGACGCCUCCAACCCCACUGCCCCCUCCCUCCCCACCACCCGCAUCCACGGAUGGGGGCCUGCCCACCCCAGCCCCCUCCCCAUGCCCAGUCCCACGGCCCCUGGCACCACUCAAGCCAGUGAGGCUGCACAGCUUCCAGGAACAUGUCUUCAAGCGAGCCAGCCCAUGCGAGCUGUGCCAUCAGCUCAUCGUGGGAAACUCCAAGCAGGGCUUGCGGUGCAAGACGUGCAAAGUCAGCGUCCACCUCUGGUGCUCUGAGGAGAUCUCCCACCAGCAAUGCCCCGGCAAGUCGUCCACCUCCUUCCGCCGCAACUUCAGCUCCCCCCUCCUGGUACAUGAGCCGCCACCAGCCUGUGCUUUAAGCAGAGAGUCCCCACCCACUGGGGCCAGCGGGAAGGUGGACCCUGUCUACGAGACCCUGCGCUACGGGCAGCAGUACCUCUGAGUCCCCCACACGCAGCCUGAGUGAGCGGGAUGAGCUGACCGAGGAUGGGGAAGGCAGCAUCCGCAGCUCGGAGGAGGGGCCUGGUGACAGUGUGUUUGCAGCCCCAGCUGAGAGUGAAGGGUCAGGACCAGAGGAGAAGAGCCCAGGACAGCCCCCCAAGCCCCUGCCGCGGAAGGACGUGGGGCCCAUGUACUCCUAUGUCGCGCUCUACAAGUUUCUGCCCCAGGAGAGCAAUGACCUGGCUCUGCAGCCUGGAGAUCGGAUCAUGCUGGUGGAUGACUCUAACGAAGACUGGUGGAAGGGCAAGAUCGGAGACCGGGUUGGCUUCUUCCCAGCCAAUUUUGUGCAGCGUGUGAGGCCAGGCGAGAACGUUUGGCGCUGCUGCCAGCCCUUCUCCGGGAACAAGGAACAGGGUUACAUGAGCCUCAAGGAGAACCAGAUCUGUGUGGGCGUGGGCAGAAGCAAGGAUGCUGACGGCUUCAUCCGCGUCAGCAGCGGCAAGAAGCGGGGCCUGGUGCCAGCCGACGCCCUGACCGAGAUCUGAGAGGAGCAGGAGGACCCGGAUGCCACCCCUGCCCAUGCCCGGCUCUGGCUUCUGGCCAGAGGGGAACAGGCGUCCUUGUCCACACCCUUCCUCCCUCUGCCUCUCUCCCAGGUGCCUCUCGCUUUGGCUGAGAAGCCUUCUGAAGCCUUCUGCAGAGGAAGGUCUCGUUUCCUGGGUGGGGUGCCCUGAGUGGGCUGAUCCUCUGGGACUUGGAGGAGGGAGGAGAAAGCAGGAGGGAAGGAGGAAGCUGCAGACAGGUCCACCCAGGACCCACGUACCCCCAGCCCUGGGGAGAGCUCCUGGGAGACUUCCCUGCUGCUUCUCCCAGAGCCUGCCCCUGCCCACAGCACCUUUGCAUGCCUGACACACCCCUCUCCCCACAGAGCCUCCGCUUGGGUCUAUGUGUGCGUGACCGUGCGUCUGCCCCAUUACAAGUGGGGCCUUGGGAGGGGGCGUCUGUGUGUCCUUCAGCCUCCCGCCCUGGGCUGGGAGGGAUCCCGGGCCACAGGAGGGUGCUGAGUCCACUUCCUGGUCUCUCUGCCUGCCCUCCGCCAACUCUCAGGAAAGUUCUGCAGGAAUCUCUCCCUUACUUGAAACCUGGGCCCACAGAGGAGGGAGGCUGAGGUCCCCAGAGGGAGGGGCAAGUCAGAGACUGUCCUCAGGUGGAACAGUCACCACAGAGCAGCCUCACUCCCCUUGUCCACUGGGAAAGCGUACUCCAGGGCAGCCUGAGAACAAAGCCCAGUCCAGACAUCCCAUUUCACUGUCAGGACCCAGAGGUCCCUAGUCGUGCAGGGACGACCACCCAGGGGAGCCUGGGUGGGUUUGUCAGGCCUGCCCCAGGCCCGGCAGGCCCCUCCAGGAGCCUGCCCUCAGGGCUGCCCUUCCUCAGCCCCUCUCUUCGGGCUCUGCAGGGGACAGCUGCAUUGCCAGAGUCCCUUUUCUGGCUGGAUCUCCUCCCUUGCCCUGGACACAGAGCCCUGGGAAGAAGAGGGGGUGGGAGGCAGACAGGAAGGCGGAAUGUUUGGCCACGUGGAAAGGAGGGGUAGGCACUCCCGGAGCUGGGGUGGGCACGCACAGACGACUCCUCCCUCGCAGGCUGCUUUUCUCUGGUGCCAGCACCCCCCCGAGCUCGGAGCCUCCUCUCGUGCCCUUGAUCGUGCCAGCCAAUGCCACCCUCAUCCUGGGCACUCUCACACCCUCACGUAGCAGGAGGGACACAGAUCCUCCUGCAAGAGGCCCCUGCCCCACUUCUCCCCCGCACAGGGGGGCUCAAGCCACACUGCCCUGUUUGCUGCCAUGAGGCCCCCCCAGCAAUACCCCAGGGGCGGGCCCAAUGCCCACUGUACAUGAGGCUGCAUGACGGGUCCGCUGGGGCACUGUCCCGCUCCCAGACCCGUAUUAAAUGUUUUUGAUCCCA